AUGUCAGGGGAUGGUGAGGAGUGCCUGAACUGCAAAUCCAGCUCUGUAGCUCAACAUCCCCCUCUCCAACUGUGCUCAACUUGCAAUUCUUCACAAGGGUUGACAGAGAAAGAACAUGAGGAUCAGUAUCUUGACUCCUUCCAGACAAGACAGGUUACACUCCAGGGUGAUAUAGUUGCUGAGCAGGGUUGCAAGAAGUCUGUUACCCCCAAUGACAGUGAAGAGGAUGAACAAGCUGUUGAGAGUACAGUGCAAGCUGAAGGUGAUCUGGUCUCAGAGAACCUGGUGGAUCAUGAUGGUCACCAAGCUGUUGAAAAUAUGAUGGACUCCAUUUGUCAUGAUGAUGUUGAGCAUGAAACUGCAUCAGACAGUGAUUGUGACCUCAGUCAAUGCAAGGAUGCAUCCAGUGCAGAAGCAGGCUUACUGUGCUUCAAACCAGGGCAGCUUCCCUUGGAAGCCAUACAAAAGGCACAGGCACUUGGCAUGUGCACCACUCAAGAAGCCCAGGUGAUUGCAGAUGAGUAUGGCAAGACUCUUUGGUCAAUCAUGGCUGCUGGUGGUCUUACCACAAAGGCAACUCAUACUGAAUCUGUGUGGAACAUGCAUCAGGCUUGGUAUGCACAUACCAAUCCAAAAGUGUCUGCAGAGGAAACCAAAGACUACUAUAGGCAUCACACCAAGCACUAUGAGGACCAUAAAGAUGAGGACAAACAUCCUCAACUGUGGGCUGAGAUCCAGAAGUAUUGGAGUGAGUGUGCACAAACUUGGUGCAAUGUGGAGGGCAUACAUGUCUUUGGAUGUGUAAUUUAUAGUGGGAGUGAUGAAGCUGCAUGCCAAUCCCAAGGAAUUUUUGCUGGAUCUUCCCUUCUCAUGCAGCUUGCAAGUGAGAGGCAGACUGACAUAACACAAUUAUUAGAAUACCUGUCCACAAUUAUCAAGUAUAAAAUCCUUAACUAUGCUGCUUUGGUGCCUCUUCCUGACUUUAAUGUGCUGUCACAACCCCAUUAUGACCAUGCACUGGGAUUAAAACCUCAAGAAUACAGAAGAGAAUGGUAUCACACAAGGCUAGAGAAAUGUUUCUUGGAAUACACCAUCACUGAUUGGCCUGCUGGAGUCCCUGCUGUUGGUCUGGAUUUCAAUGCCAAAUGCCUCAAUGCUGAUGAACUUUGUGCUCUGACUGUUCCUUUCCUGAAAGAGUCAAUGGGUGCAGAUUACCAUGCUGAGGCUCCACUAGAUGAUGAAGAAGACCAAGCUGAAUACCUUUUCCCUUUGCUGAAUUCAUCAUUUUACCUCAAGAAGUGGAUUGAUAAUCAGAUUGAGCUAUUUUGCCACAGUGAUGCAAGGAUGUGUGACAUUCCACUUGUGGUGAACACAUUGAGCCAGCACCUCUGUGUUCUUUCUGAUUCAGAUGCAUUUGUUCAGGCCCUCCCUAAAGGUGACAAGUUUAAGGAGAGAAGUGCCCCUUCAUCUUUCCCUGGCCAACCUGUGAUCACACCACCUGAGGCAAGGGCAUUUGCCAUCCUAUGGGCCUUGUUCCACUCAGCCAGCAUCCCACCACUCCCUCUCCCUCCUUCAUCCCCUGUUGAGGAGUCACAACAGUCAUCUCCAUAA